GAAGAAGAAGUAUCGCGAGAUGAUGGUCUCACGUGAUUCUCCAAAGCGCCUUUGACAUUAGCCUCACGACACGAGCGGCGUAGCGCAUGAGGGGAUGCGGCACUGCGUUCUCGCAGAAGCCUUUAUUAUAUUAACAUCACCUUCGCUUCCAAGGUCAACAGGUAGUCCAGCAUGUCACUCAUGGGGCAGAGAGAAAAGGCUGCCCUCAGGCAGUGCAUUCAGGCCCGGGCCCAGCUGGAGGAGGCCCUCGCUGGGGUCAUCAAAGCUGAAGUUCAGCUUAGGAGCAACUCCAGAGAGGUGAAGUCUCAGCUGCACAGCUGUAUCAGUAGACAUCUGGAGACCCUCCGCUCUCGUGAGGUCUGGCUGCUGGAGCAGAUUGAUCUGGUGGAGCAGCUCAAAGGAGAAACUUUACAUCAGCAGCUACAGCAGCUUCAUUUGCUCAAAGGCCAGUUUGACAUCCUCAUUCAUCAGCUGGAGUACUCUAGUAGUAACAAUCUUGCCACCCAGCUCACCAACUGCCUGGAAAAGCUUUCUUCUCUCAAUCUGACUCCGGAAGAAACCCCAGAGAUGAGUUUCCAAGCAGAUGCACGCAGCUUGCGCCAGGCUAUCACAUCCUUUGGGACCAUUUCCACCCAGAUGGAGACCUCAUACUCUUCUGAGAGACCGAGGCUUCUCCAGGACUGCCCAGUUUCUUGCAAGAGACAGAAAGUAGCUCCUGAAUGGGCCACACCUCUGGCUGAGUGGCUUCUAGGGAACCGUUCAGUAAGCAGUGCUCCAACAGGACACCACUUCAGCACAAACUCCCAGGACUGGCUGCUUGUUUCCAAGGAAUCUCAGGAAGAGCGACAGUUACCUGCCUUUGACUUCCAAAAAGCUUGGGGCCAGCUUCAAGACCUGGAGUCGUGGCUUCUGAAGGAGAAAUUGCCAGUUCGUGAACGAACCUGUAGCGGAAGCUCAACCUUCUCGAUUGAGAUGAUCGAGGAAAGCGACUUAAAUCUGGAUGAGGUGGAAGUGGAAGACCAGCAGGAAAAAGGGGACGACACUGUUGAGGAAGAAGAACUCAGCAAGUGGCUCUUCAGCCCAAGCCUGUUCAAGCAAGAUAAGACCAGCCCGGUGUCAGAUGCUGACCGCUUCAAGCAGAUCAUCAAACCCUUUUUCGAGAGCUUCUCCUCCAGCGAUUGGCUACUAAAGUCCGACUGCAGCUCUUGCUGUGCCACACGCAGCGCUGCCAUGGAAAUCGAGACCCUAGGAAAGCUCAAGUGCCUAAAGACUCCACCUUCAUCCGCUGCCAGCACUCCAAUCACCAGUCCAGAAACCAUCGAAAUGUGGCUUCACAAGACCAUCCCUAUCGAGACCACCUGCAAAGCCAACGAGACCUGUACCAGCUACGCUCAAUGUGUCUGUGACGACAAUUGUGGAAAAGAGGCCCUUAGUGCUUGGCUCCUCAAGAAAGAGGAUCGAGAUAAGAAUGGUGUUCCCGUCAAUAAGAAUGCCCCAAACAAAGCCUCCAGCCAGCAGCAGAAGGUUCAAGCCAUCCUAGAGACGUGGCUGCACCCGAGCAACAGUGCCAAGUCCCCUGCCCUGUCGUCCCUCUCUGCCUGGGUGACCCCGUACAUCAAAACCUCAGACUCUGAGAGCUCCACACAGGAGCCUUUGCAGAACUGGCUUUUGCCAGCGAUGAAGCACAUAAGCACAACCACUGAGACGCCAAAUGAGCCAAAGAGUGAGAACCAUGAAGAGCGAGACAGCAAGAACAUCGAGGAGGACAAAUGGCUUCUACGCAAGCGGGUGAGCGCACAGGAAAGGCUAGGCCUACCCACAGUAUGUGACCUGUUUUCCUGUAUGAAGCUCAGUGGGGACAAAGAACAGUGGCUACAUCAAACAGCUACACAGAUAUGAAUGCAACAUCCAUUGGCUUUUGGAGAUUGACUCCAGUGCUAUUUAAUCACUUAUUAUUGCACAAUAUUUUUCUUCAGUGCUCUUUAGGGAUUCAUUCUCUCUAUCUCAUAUCUUCUGGAGAUUGAAAGGGUGAUCUGGACUAAAGGUCCUGUCCAGGAGGCAAGGCUUUUGGUACACCAUCACUUGAGGACGGAUUAGUCAUUUUGCCCUUUUAUUGGCUUAACACAGUUAAAUUCCAGUAAUGUGGAGGAGACCAAUGUGUUUAUAUUAGAAUUCACUAAUGUGAUUUAGAAAUCACGAGGAAAUGGACCAGAUUGGUGCAUUAAAAAAAACAAAUACUUUUUCCCCCUAUGGAGGCGUAGUGGGGGAGGGGAUUUGAAAAGAACAAACAAAAAAUAAAUCUAUAUUUAAAUCACGCACAAUUACAGCUUUUACUAUUCACGUUUCAGAACUCAGUCCUGCUCAUAUAGAGGAAGUCAUGCCUUAAAGCAGAGAAUGAUUUCCUCCAAUUCUUUGAAUAUAUAUUUAUAUAGAAUUUUACUAUUUUCUCAAGUAUAGAAUGAGCUUCCCUUGCAGUUUAUUUUACUUUAUUUCAAUUAUUAAAUUCUAUACUUUAGUAGCACAUAAAACUCAUAUACCGGCGAAACAGCAUAACUUGUUAUUGAAACCUCGAGAAGUCUGAGAACUCGUGCCUGACAUCGAAUGUGUUGCAAUGCUUGCUGUCAGUCCACCUCCUUGUACGUGUGGAAAACAAUCUUAUCAUAGUUUGCCAUUUCUGCGGUGUCAUGGGCUACAGCAGCCGACGUUUGUGUGGUCUUUAUGUUAGGCAACAACUUGUGGUAAAUGUUUAGAAUAGAAUCAAUAUAGUUCUUUUUAAAUUGAAUUGCUCAUAUAAUAACCACUGGUAUCGCUUGAUGCCUCUGCUGUGAACCACCGUGUCAACAUAAAAGACACUUGCAGAGCAAAGGCUACAUGUGAAACUGGUUCAAAAAUUAAACCGCUUCUUUUAGAUAGAAUAAAUAAGUUCAUCAUAAUGUCAUCUCAUGUUCCAGUCUUUCGCUUAGUAAUGGACUUUUUUUCUGUCAGCAUGUGCCAGUGUUGGACUGCAGUAUUGCACAUGUACACAUAUGUAGGUUAAGUGAUCUCUAAUGCUUUGAUCCUUGUCAACUGAAUAAAUAAAAGUACAUAAA